AUGCAGAUGCUGUCAGCGCAGCUCCAGACAUCGCUGACCCUCGGCCAGCAUCAGCAGGCAGCAGCAAGCAGCCAGAUAAUGAACGGCGAGGACAAAGACAGCAGAACUGGAGUGCUGCGUGCACCGAAUGGCGCCCACAGGCUUUGGAGAUGGGAUGAGGUGGAGGAGAUGGUAGUUUAUGGGCUCGGCAGCCUCGAGGCCGGCCAUGUGCCUCGCUACCAGCUGGCACUGGCCCUGCUGUUAGCAGACCGCCUGCCCAAAUUGCAGGGGCCAAUCCAAGUCUUCGACCCGGUCUUCACUGAGGUGGACCACCAGCUCCUCAAGGAGCAGGGCCUCCUGGUGCUGGGUGAGAACGAGGAGGGCAGGAGACGCGCAACGCGGCCAACGCUGUUCUACCUGCCCCACUGCGAGGCGGAUCUGUGCAGCAACCUGGUGGAGGCCAAUCUCGGCUGCGGAACUCUUGCGGUUGUGCUGGGCAACAGCUUCGCUCUGUACCACGAGCGCUGGACGCAGGCAGGCUCCGCACAGACGCAGCACCGGCGCGCGCGACUGGACGCGCUGCUGCGCACCGUCGAAGUCGGCGCCGUGCUGGAAGUGCCCAUCAGCGAUCACCACUUCCCAGUGGUGUCUGCCUUCAACGACAUGAGCCUGCACCUUUUCCCUGCCACCGGGAACCCGGCAAAUGGAGAUGUCAACGCGACAUAA